AUGUCGACGAAAGGAAGGAGCCGUACAACCUACAUAGUCAAAACAAUCAACAAAGCUCUCCAAGACCACGUCGAGUCUAAACACCUGGUUGCCGUGUCAAGCAAGUACAACACUAACGGGAACGUUAUCAUCUGCACAAGAGAAGACCAAACCGCGGUAGAACUGGCUAAGUACAGUCACCUGUUCACCGAACUGAUAGCUUCAGGUCGAGACGAGAUGUCAUAUGCCGGCCAGAUAGACGAUGGUACAAGAUACAAGUCAACAACGUUAACGCAGUUGGCCAAGCUUACGGUGGUUUCAGGUCCAUGGGUCGGAAGCAUAUGGAUGUUCAGGUCCUAUUUCCUUGUCGCGCUCUCUCAUCCAUAG